AUGCCGGUUAAUCCUUACUCAGCAGCGACAGUACUAACAGCAGCAGUAGCAGUAGCAGCAGCAGCAGCAGCAGCAGCACGAGCAAUAGCAGUAGUAGCAGCACAAGCAGCAGCAGCGUCGAGCAGCUUCCAUCAGCAGACAUUCACAAGCAGUACCUCAUCAGCAGAAGGGAUGCCGGUUAAGCCUUACAGGGGUUUAUUAGGGUGGGCGCCGUGGAUAGACUGCGUGAAUAAGAGUGAGCUGGAUGCGGCUAGUCUGAUAAAGGCUGAGGCUCAUCUAGCUAAAGCUAUAGCAGCUAGCCAGCUAGCCAUAAGCGAGGCUCGUCGUUCUGUAGAAGCAGCAAGAGCUGCAGCAGAAGCAGCAAAGCAUGGUGCAGUGGGUCCUGCUGCUCGUGAUGCAGCAGCAGCAGCAAUGGCUGCAGCAAAAGCAGCAAACGAUGCUGCUAUAUCUUCUGCAGAAGUAACUGCAGCAGCAGCAGCAGCAGCAACUGGAGGGUUUGAGGUGCUGCUGCAGGCGGUAGCAGAGAAGGACCUCCGCUGCGCCAUCUGUACUUCUGCUGCUGGCGGUGAAGAAAGUCUAAGAGAGUUCUGUGCAGGGAAGGAAGGAUGCGACAAGCAGCAGCAGCAGCAGCAGCAGCAGCAGCAGCAGCAGGUGCUGCAGCUGCAGCAGGAGAAGGAACAGCAGUCACAGCAGCAGCAGCAGCAGCAGCAGCAGCAGCAGCAGGAUGCUGCUGCGAAUCUCGUGGUGACAGACAUAUACCGCAUUGCUUCUCAGGAAGAAGUGUAG